GGCCUCCCCCUGGUAGACACCUCGUACCUGACCCCCCCUCCAGGCUCCUCCGACCCCACCCCACCCAUCACCUGCGCUGGGUCCUCCACCCUCUCCACGACACCCCCUUGAGCUGGAAGCACCAGAGGCGGGUGAGGUUGUUGGGGGAAGGGGCCCAGCUUCAGAGGAAGGAGGCUCCCAGAAGAAGCACUGAGGCCCAGAGGGACCCGCACACAAGGGUUCAACACCGCGCCACCAACUGAAGCCCCCAAAAGGAGCCCGGUGAUGCUGCCCAGGCUGUGAACAGGGAAGGCAGCGCUGCGUGGGCUGCCAGCAGCCGGGGCUGGGGAGAGACAUGUGGACACGUGGCCUCUAUGGCUCCCGCCUGCCAGAUCCUCCACUGGGCCCUCGCCCUGGGGCUGGGCCUCGCAUUCGAGGUCACACACGCCUUCCGGUCUCAAGAUGAGUUCCUGUCCAGUCUAGACAGCUAUGAGAUCGCCUUCCCCACCCGAGUGGACCACAACGGGGCACUGCUGGCCUUCUCGCCCCCGGCUCCCCGGAGGCAGCGUCGGGGCACGGGACCUCAAGCAGAGUCCCGUCUCUUCUACAAGGUGGCCGCACCCAGCACCCACUUCCUGCUAAACCUGACACACAGCCCUCGCCUCCUGGCAGGGCACGUGUCUGUGGAGUACUGGACUCGAGAAGGCCUGGCCUGGCAGAGGGCCGCCCGGCCCCACUGCCUCUACGCGGGCCACCUGCAGGGCCAGGCCAGCAGCUCCCACGUGGCCAUCAGCACCUGCGGGGGCCUGCACGGCCUGAUUGUGGCAGAUGAAGAAGAAUACUUAAUCGAGCCCCUGCAAGGGGGGCCCAAGGGGCACCGGGGACCGGAGGAGAGUGGCCCCCACGUGGUGUAUAAGCGUUCCUCUCUGCGUCACCCUCACCUGGACACAGCCUGUGGAGUGAGAGAUGAGAAACCGUGGAAGGGGCGGCCGUGGUGGCUGCGCACCCUGAAACCGCCACCUGCCCGGCCCCUCGGCAAUGAAACAGAGCGUGGCCAACCAGGCCUGAAGCGCUCCGUCAGCCGAGAGCGCUACGUGGAGACCCUAGUGGUGGCUGACAAGAUGAUGGUGGCCUACCACGGGCGCCGGGAUGUGGAACAGUACGUGCUGGCCAUCAUGAACAUUGUUGCCAAACUUUUCCAGGACUCGAGUCUGGGAAACAUCGUUAAUAUCCUGGUAACACGCCUCAUCCUGCUCACGGAGGACCAGCCCACCCUGGAGAUUACCCACCACGCUGGCAAGUCCCUGGACAGCUUUUGUAAGUGGCAGAAGUCCAUCGUGAACCGCAGCGGCCAUGGCAAUGCCAUCCCGGAGAAUGGCGUGGCCAACCAUGACACGGCAGUGCUCAUCACGCGCUAUGACAUCUGCAUCUACAAGAACAAACCCUGCGGCACACUAGGCCUGGCCCCUGUGGGCGGGAUGUGCGAGCGAGAGAGAAGCUGUAGCAUUAACGAGGAUAUCGGCCUGGCCACGGCGUUCACCAUCGCCCACGAGAUCGGACACACGUUUGGCAUGAACCACGACGGCGUGGGCAACAGCUGCGGGGCCCGUGGCCAGGACCCAGCGAAGCUCAUGGCGGCUCACAUCACCAUGAAGACCAACCCAUUUGUGUGGUCCUCCUGUAGCCGCGACUACAUCACCAGCUUUCUGGACUCAGGCCUGGGGCUCUGCCUGAACAACCGGCCCCCCAGACAGGACUUCGUGUACCCAACCGUGGCCCCUGGCCAGGCCUACGACGCGGAUGAGCAGUGCCGCUUCCAGCAUGGAGUCAAAUCGCGUCAGUGUAAAUACGGGGAGGUCUGCAGCGAGUUGUGGUGUCUGAGCAAGAGCAACCGGUGCAUCACCAACAGCAUCCCGGCCGCCGAGGGCACGUUGUGCCAAACACACACCAUCGACAAGGGGUGGUGCUACAAGCGGGUCUGCGUCCCCUUCGGGUCGCGGCCGGAAGGCGUGGACGGCGCCUGGGGCCCGUGGACCCCGUGGGGCGACUGCAGCCGGACGUGCGGCGGCGGCGUGUCCUCCUCCAGCCGACACUGCGACAGCCCCAGGCCGACCAUCGGGGGCAAGUACUGCCUGGGCGAGAGACGGAGGCACCGCUCCUGCAACACCGAGGACUGUCCCCCAGGCUCCCAGGACUUCAGGGAAAUGCAGUGCUCUGAAUUUGACAGCGUCCCCUUUCGUGGAAAAUUCUACACAUGGAAGACAUACCGGGGAGGGGGCGUGAAGGCCUGCUCGCUCACCUGCCUAGCAGAGGGCUUCAACUUCUACACCGAGAGGGCCGCGGCCGUGGUGGACGGGACGCCCUGCCGCCCGGACACGGUGGACAUCUGUGUCAGCGGCGAGUGCAAGCACGUGGGCUGCGACCGCGUCCUGGGCUCCGACCUGCGGGAGGACAAGUGCCGCGUGUGCGGAGGUGACGGGAGUGCCUGCGAGACCAUCGAGGGGGUCUUCAGCCCAGCCUUGCUUGGGACUGGGUACGAGGAAGUCGUCUGGAUCCCCAAAGGCUCCGUCCACAUUUUCAUCCAGGACUUGAACCUCUCCCUCAGUCACCUGGCCCUGAAGGGAGACCAGGAGUCCCUGCUGCUGGAGGGGCUACCUGGGACCCCCCAGCCCCACCGCCUGCCCCUGGCUGGAACCACCUUUCAGCUCCGACAAGGGCCGGAUCAGACCCAGAGCCUAGAAGCCCUGGGACCCAUUAACGCAUCUCUCAUCGUCAUGGUACUGACCCGAACUGAACUGCCCGCCCUCCGCUACCGCUUCAAUGCACCCAUCGCCCGUGAUGCACUGCCUCCCUACUCCUGGCACUACGCGCCCUGGACCAAGUGUUCAGCCCAGUGUGCAGGCGGCAGCCAGGUGCAGGCCGUAGAGUGCCGAAAUCAGCUGGACAGCUCCGCCGUGGCCCCCCACCACUGCAGCGCCCACAGCAAGCUGCCCAAGAGGCAGCGUGCCUGCAACACGGAGCCCUGCCCACCUGACUGGGUGGUAGGGAACUGGUCUCGCUGCAGCCGCAGUUGUGAUGCAGGCGUGCGCAGCCGCUCUGUCGUGUGCCAGCGCCGCGUGUCUGCGGCCGAGGAGAAGGCGCUGGACGACAGCGCUUGCCCGCAGCCGCGCCCCCCAGUACUGGAAGCCUGCCACGGCCCCGCCUGCCCUCCGGAGUGGGCCGCCCUCGACUGGUCGGAGUGCACUCCCAGCUGCGGGCCGGGCCUCCGCCACCGCGUGGUCCUCUGUAAGAGCGCAGAUCACCGCGCCACUCUGCCCCCCGCGCAUUGCCAGCCCGCGGCCAAGCCACCAGCCACCAUGCGCUGCAACCUGCGCCGCUGCCCUCCGGCCCGCUGGGUGGCGGGGGAGUGGGGCGAGUGCUCCGCGCAGUGCGGCUUCGGGCAGCAGCAGCGCCCCGUGCGCUGUUCCAGCCACACCGGGCAGCCGUCGCGCGAGUGCGCCGAGGCCCUGCGGCCACCCGCCACGCAGCAGUGCGAGGCCAAGUGUGACAGCGCGCCCCCGGGGGACGGCUUGGAAGAGUGCAAGGAUGUGAACAAGGUCGCCUACUGCCCCCUGGUGCUGAAAUUUCAGUUCUGCAGCAGAGCCUACUUCCGCCAGAUGUGCUGCAAAACCUGCCAGGGUCGCUAGAGGGCGCUCGGCCUUCGGAGCGAGUCCUGGAUGUGCGCGGGCUGGGGGUGGGGGGAACCAGACCUGCAGCCGACCAGCCUGAAGGAGCCCAAGGGGGCAGGAACUGGGAGUGAAUGGUGAGAUGGAGCUGGAAGUUAUUUAUUGGGAACUCCUGCAGGGCUCCUGACUGGGGGCGGGAGGGGGGUGAGGGAAUGGAGAGGGGCUGGCCAAGCCCACGGCCCCUCCUCUGCGCACCUCUCAGUUCACAGAGAGACCCCCCCCCCCCCCAGGGUGAGCUUGAGUUGGGAACAGUUGCUCUCUCUAGAACUCUUGCCACCCACCUUUAGGGAGCCCCCCUACACAACACCCGCCUUUGAUCGGAAUAUGUACUGUGAAGAGUGGGGGUGGGGAGGGGGUCAGCCGGUGCCCUGCCCCCCCAAGCACUGCCCUGCCCCUCCACUCUGAGCUGGGGGGGGAAUCUAUGUCCGCUAUGGGGGAGGGGAUUAGCACCACCUCCCUGACACCCUGCCCCCAACCAGACCAGCUAGAGGGGGGAGGCAGAGCUGGGAAGACCCACCCCAUUCUCUGCCUUGCCUGCCCCAGGGGGACCCCGUCAUCCAGGCCACCCCCAUGAUGGUGCUACAGGCCCUGCCCUGGGGCCCACACACCCCCUCACCAGGAAGCCCUACAUCAAUAAAGUUCUGUCUUGUGUA